AUGUGGUCUUGUUCAGGCCAACGACCCACAGGCCUCCACGGCCGGACUCUAACCCAUGCAGCGUUUGCAGCCAUGGCAACCGCAGACAGUCUACGAAACGAGCUCAGGACACGGCAUGACCCUCGGGCCACAACAGACCCUAAAACUCAUUUCCACCUCCAGUGUCCCACCUCCCCACCAACAGGUCCGGGGACGGAGGAGACCAAGUUCGACUCCGCCCGAGGGUGUCAGUUCGAGGCCGCAGUCCGGCUUUAA